AUGAAAAAUUGUAAGAAUUUGGGUGAUGAAGAUAACAGCUCAAUAUAUUCCUCUAAAUAUUUAAAAUGUACUUUAGAAGGACCACGAAAUGUUGGUGGCUAUGGUUAUAUUGGAAGUAGAACCCUAUCAGAGACAGCAGAUAGAAAAAAUACAAUAAAACCCAUGACAGUAGAAAAUAUACUAAAAUUAAUAGAUAUAAAAAUAAAUGAGCUCACCUCUGAUUAUAUAAAUUUUGAUUUAAUAGGGGUAGAUGCCGCUGUAGCAAAUGCGUUAAGGAGGAUCUUACUAGUUGAAGUACCAACAGUGGCUAUUGAGACUGUUCAGAUAUAUCAAAAUAGUGGUGUUAUCCAAGAUGAGGUACUUGCUCAUCGUUUAGGACUAAUUCCAUUUAAUAUUGAUUUGGAUCUCAUAGAUUUUAGAGCUGAGGAUCAAGAUUUAAAUGAAAAAAAUUCAGUCUGUUUUAAACUAUGUGUGGAAUGUAAUAAAUAUGAUAUAGAUGAUAAAAAUGGUAUUACAAGCAAAGCUAUAUAUUCAAAAGAUCUUAUUUGGGUCCCAAUGAGUGAGUCUCAAAAACAAAUAUUUGAGAAAAAACCACCAUCAGUUGUAUAUCCAGAUAUAUUGAUUACAAAAUUGAGACCAGGACAAGUAAUUGAAGCUAUAUUAUACUGUGAAAAAGGUAUUGGUAAAACUCAUGCUAAAUGGAGUCCUGUAAGUACAGCAACAUAUCGUUUAUUACCUGAAUUUAAAUUCCCAGAAGGUUAUAUUACAGGUAAAGAUGCAAAAGAAUUUGUUGAAGUAUGUCCUAUGAAUGUUUUUGAUAUUGAAGAUAUUACAGGUAAAGUAUAUGUAAAGAAUCCAAGGAAUUGUACAACAUGUAGAGCUUGUAUUGAGAAAUUUCCAAAGAAAGUGGAAAUAUUUAAAAAUAAACAUCAUUUUAUUUUUUCAAUUGAAUCUACGGGGUCUAUAUCACCUAUACAAUUAGUAAAGACAGCUAUAAAUAUUCUUCGUGAAAAGAGUCACAAAAUAAAUAAUUCUAUAGAUAUUUUUUAUGAAUAA